AUGACACAUCUGCGAAACCACAACACGGAAUACGGCCGCAGCCACGCGAGCAGCAGCAGCAAAAACGGCAGUGUCGACGGCGGCAGCGGCGGCGGCGUCAUCUCGCGCGUCCUGGGCAGUCUGCGCCAACCGAAACCCCCGAAGCCCUCGAAGUCCUCCAAGCCCUCCUCUACCACCAUCAUCACCAACUCUUCCACCUCCACCCAAAGCCGCGAGCGGCCAGCAGCAGCAAGAGCACCAGUCGCCGCCGGGAGAGAAACCUGGAUCGACGAAUUCCCGAUCACGCACCACCCGGACCGGCCACAGCAGAACAAGCAGCUGCGCCCCGAGCUGACCGAGGACCAGUACCUGGAGCGGCUACAGCAGUUGCAUGAUCGGAGCAAAGGGAAGUACAAGGACGUCAAGAACCGGAAAGACGAUAAGGAUAGCGAGGAGAAGGCCAACGCAAUGAAGCGGCCCGGGGCGAUUACGGGCGGUCGAAGCGGUGCUGGCGCCAGUGCUGGUGGUUCUCACAACAGCGCCCGUAGAAGCAAUAACAAAGACGACGGCAAUGGCAACGGCGGAACCCAGCAAAGACACAGGUAUCCAACCCUCGAGACCGGGGACAUCGUCACCAAGUUCAGCUACCCGAGAAGGUCGCCCGAGUUCACCCGGACCAAGUGGCCCCGCGACGACAAUGCGAACCUCAUGCUCACACCCGCAGUCGCAGCAUACGGUAGCGACAGCGAGAACGACAGAAAGAACAAGGGCGACAUGUCGCCGAGCACCAUGACGAUCGAGAUAGGCUUCUCGCCGCCAUUCGAGGAGAACGGGUUGAACAACGACCUGUUGUUGCUGCCAGCCCCGACAUAUGACAAGCCGCUCCCAGGCCCUGCCCCUAUAUCUGUCCCCGAACUCAAGGCGCUGGCGACGGCGCCGAGGAAGGAAGACAAAAGUGCAAGAAUAAAAGGGGGAAAUAAGCAUGGGGGCCAGGGGCAUCAAGGGGCUGUCCUCGCAGCCUCAGCCUCAGCAGCCGCAACCGCCCCCAGGGCCUCGUCAGCCUUGUCGUCGCACAACGACCCCCAGGACACCACCAGGGAUAAGACAAAAGGACACCACCACCACCGGCGAGCGUCGUCGCUGCCUGGGCGGCGAAAGUUCCCAGGCAAUGAUGAUCACCCUACCGGCGCCCGCGAAGACCGUCACGAGAGGACAGCAAAGAUGACCACAGGGACGAGAGCAGCAUCUACAUCGCGGUCGCGGUCGCGCGACAUGUCCAUGACCAGUCUGUACGUCGACACGGCCACGCACCCCAACUACCGCAGCGUCGACCACGACCGCGCCCUACCCGGGCUGACCCAGAGCUUCUCGUCGGAAUCGGACCAGUAUAGCCCAGUGACGCCCACAAGCGCCUCCACCAUAACACCCCAUUCCAAUCCCAAUCCCAGCUCUAAGAAGUCCGCACCAGCACCAACGACAACGAGACGCUGUCCAAUGAUGAUCUGCGGCAACACCCUAACCACAGCCGCCGACAUCACACAAAACCUGUGCGCCGAGUGCCGCGGCGACUACCAGCCGCGGCAGAGCACGUUCCUGUCCGACUACGACGACGACUACGCGCGGCACCUCGAGUACGAGCGCGAGCACGACGAGUUCGACCUCGAGAAGCUCAGGGCGAAGCUGGACCCGGACCCGUACCCGGAUACCGACACUGACCUGCAGCCCAUCAUCGAGGAGGCCGAGUACCGCACGUUCGUCACGGUCGACAACGGCAGGGACCGGGGGAGAAAUGGCGCUGGCGCGAUAACCAGGAAGAAUACGCUCCGCAUCACCGAGAUCAACCGGCCGCCAGCGCACACGCACUACCAGAGCAACCACAGCACCAAACAUAAUCCCCAUAACUGCAAUACAUCCAACAGGAUCAAUCCACAUAACCUCCAAAGCAAAGUCGCCGCUUCCCGCGCCGAAUUCAAGCUCCUGCCAGCGCCGCCAGGCCGCUCCAAACACAACACGCCGCAAACGCAACACCCGCGCCGACACCGCAGUGGUAGUGGUCGGGGGAAGAACGUCGUCUUCCCCAAGCACCACCCGCGCUCCCCGGCAAAAGCGACGACCAGCAACAGCAACAACACCAACACCAACAGCCACAGCCACGGCCACAUCAGCUACCAGCUAGCCGGGUGGAAGCCCCCCGAGGCUCGGCGGCUGCAGCAGUCGCCGGGCCCGCUAAUGCUGCUCGAGGCCAAGACGUUCAACCCGGCGAAUCCGGGGAAGCGGACCUCCUCCUCGGCGCGGGCCCUGCCGCGCGUAUCGCCCGGGUCGCAGUCGCGGUUUAGCGAGAGUACUGGGACCCCUAGCACUGCAGCCAGGAGUUCGGGGAGGAGUUCGGGGAGGAGGAGCAGCUCUUUGUACCGUACCGUACCGCGGUCAUUGAAGGUCGCGCGGCCGGCCGUGACGCCUUAUAACAGCUUUAACCGAGAAGCCGAGAUGAGUGAUUUGGAUGAGGGUGACGAGGAGGACGACCCCGACGAUAUAUACCGCGAGAUCGACAGCCUGAUAAAUUGCUACCUGGACCUUAGCGACGAGGAGGAUGAAGUUAAACGGAAUGAUGAGGAGAGCGAGGUCAAGAAGGCAGCGGCCAUUGCGUCGCAUUUCGAUGAGGACCCCGAGGAGCUCGAGAUGCUGAGGAUGGGCUUCUUUUGA